ACCAUUUAAGCUCUCAUAUGUUGCCGAAAACAUUGCUUUUACUAUCAAAAGCUUACUCCCCCAUGGUAAAGCUAUGAUGUCAAUAAUUGUUGUAUUUGUGGUGAAAUUCAUUAAAACUUGAACAAAAUCAUCAAAACAAACUAAAACCAGCUGAUUGUCAGUCAGCGGCACUAAAUAGUUAUCUAAACAUUUUGCAUUUGCAAACAACUUUUUGUUUCUAUGUUGUAAUUUAUUUUAAUUUCUUUAAAUUGAACUUCAUCAUGAAAAAAUUUUGUACACAAAAAGUUCAUCACGAAUCUCCGAUAGAAAUUCGACGCGAUGAAGAUUCGAAACUUCCGAUUGUUUACUCCGAACAUUAUGGAGUCAAAUUUUGUGGUCUUCAAAAACUGCAUCCUUUCGAUGCAGCAAAGGGACAUCAUAUUGUUAAAAUAUUGAAGGCAGAAAAUCUUAUAGCAGAGGGAAAUUUCUAUGUUCCAAGUGAAAUUACUAAAGAGGAGCUACUCGAAGUUCACAAGAAAGAGUAUCUCAAAAGUUUAAAAUGGAGUAUAAAUGCAGCAAAGAUCUCCGAAAUAGUUCCUCUUUUGCUCGUCCCAAACCACUUUGUCCAGCGUGGCUAUCUGCGACCAAUGCGCUUCCAAACUGCUGGUUCAAUUCUAGCUGGCAAACUAGCUGUUACCUCGGGAUGGGCUAUUAAUUUAGGGGGUGGAUUCCAUCAUUGUUGCUCCUAUCGGGGAGGGGGAUUUUGUGCAUAUGCAGAUAUCACUCUUUUAAUUACCAGAGUUUUGCGAGAAGAAAAGCACAUUGUUCGAGUGAUGAUUGUUGAUCUUGAUGCUCACCAAGGCAAUGGUCAUGAAAGAGAUUUUUCCAACAACAACAAUGUGUUCAUUUUGGAUAUGUAUAAUGCUUCGAUUUAUCCUAAGGACCAUGUUGCCAAAGAGAGUAUCAAGUGUGCCGUAGAGUUGAGACCAUUUACCGAAGAUGCAUCUUAUUUCAAAAAGCUGACUAGAUCUCUUAAGGACUCAAUGAAUGAGUUUCAUCCAGAUUUUGUUGUCUACAAUGCUGGAACAGAUAUUCUCAAAGGCGAUUCCUUGGGCCUCUUGUCCAUUACUCCUCAGGGUGUCAUCAAUCGAGAUGAAUUCGUCUUCACUACAUGCAUUCAAAGUAAAAUUCCAAUUGUCAUGUUGCUUAGCGGUGGUUAUUUGAAAUCAUCGGCAGCAGUUAUUGCAGAUUCGAUUAUGAAUCUUAGAGCAAAAGGAUUACUUCCAUCAAAAUAAAAAUAUAUGAGAUUUAUUGGA